CAGAAUGCGGAUUUUAUAUGCGAGCAGGAAGCGCGACCUUGAUAUAUACUACGUAGAUCUGCUAGCCAGUCACUAGUUACUUGAAAGCUCCAACAAGUUUCAGCCUUCCUUGCUUCCUGGCAAGGGGUUGCGGAGAUGGCUAAGGCUCUUCUUGUGUUCGUGUGUUGCUGCAUGCUGGUGGCGUCCGCCGCGGCAGCUCGCGUUCUCAGCGACGGCGAGCCUUUCGGCGGCCGGAAGGACCCUGCCGAUCCGCACCAUUCUCCCGGUCCGAGGCAUUCGCACAGGACUCCGCCCUGCUCGCCGACGCCGCCGCAAGGUGGCGGAGGGUACUACCCGCCAUCGCCAUCCAUGGGCACGUCCCCGACCACUCCUGGCGGCGGUGGCGGCUACUACCCGCCCUCACCGUCCAUCGGCUCCCCGACCACGCCGACCACCCCAUCGCCGCCAAUCGACACCUCCCCGACCACACCAACCGCGCCUGGUGGCGGGUACUACCCGCCUUCGCCGGACAUCGGCACCUCCCCGACCACGCCGACCACCCCCGGCGGCGGUGGCGUGUACAACACUCCCCCUUCCCCGUCCAGUUACACCUCCCCGACCACGCCCGGCGGCAGCGGCGGCGGUUACGACACUCCGCCUUCUCCGUCCAGUGACACCUCCCCGACCACGCCUGGCAGCGGCGGCCGGUACAACGCGCCCCCUUCGCCGUCUAGUGACACAUCCCCAACCACGCCCGGCGGCGGUGGCGGGUACUACGGCCCCCCUUCGCCGUCCUCUGACACCUCCCCGACCACGCCUGGCAGCGGCGGCGGCUACUACCCGCCCACGCCAUCCAUUGGCGACACGCCGCCGACUCCGGACGUGCCGUUGCCUCCUAUCAGCACAACGCCGACGCCGUUCUCUCCGCCGACGCCCACGCCGACCACCCCUACGCCGUUCGACCCCAAUAUCGCGCCCUUCUUCACCGGCCCGUGCACCUACUGGAUGACGCACCCAGGCGUGGUAUGGGGGCUGUUCGGGUUCUGGUGCCCGCUGGUGCGCCUGUUCGGGCCGAGCGCGGCGGUGCCGUUCGGGCACGACCUGACAGUGCCGGAGGCGCUGGCGAACACGCGGGAGGACGGCGUGGGCGCGCUCUUCCGCGAGGGCACGGCGUCGCUGCUCAACUCCAUGGUGAACAGCAGGUUCCCCUUCACCACGCAGGGGGUGAAGGACGCCUUCGGCGCCGCGCUCGGCUCUGGCGACGACCGCGCCGCCUUCGCGCAGGCGCAGCUGUUCAAGAAGGCAAACGAGGGACAUGUCAAGCAGCAUUAGGCGGCCGGCCGUGUCGUGUCCCGUAGACCCGAACGUGUAGGCAUGUGGUCUUAGUGGCGGGAGUGUAACGAGUGUUUCUGUUGCUUUCGUCUUUCUGAAGUUGCCAUCUUCAAUUUGGUGCAGUAUGCGAGUUUUAAGCCUUCUUUUAUU